UUCUCAUCAUGGUCGGGUCGAUCCGUCCUGCCGUGGCCCUGGGCCUGUCGACGCUGUGCGUUUGCGUGUCCGUAGUUCACGCGCAAACCACGUUGAAGUCACCAGCCAUCGUCGCGGAGGGCACCACCUUUGCCCUCAAUGGCGACCAGCUCUCCUACCGAUUUCACGUCAACCACACCACCGGGGAUUUAGUCUCCGACCACUUUGGAGGCCUCGUUACGGGCGCAAUCCCCUCGCCCCAGGAACCGGCCGUCAAUGGAUGGGUGGGGAUGCCCGGUCGCAUCCGGCGCGAAUUCCCCGACCAGGGCCGCGGCGAUUUCCGCAUUCCCGCCGUGCGCAUUCGCCAAUCCCCCGGCUAUACCGUCACCGAUCUGCAGUACACCUCCCACGAGGUGUUCCAGGGCAAACAUGCUUUAUCGGGGCUGCCGUCGACCUUUGGCAACGCGCAGGAGACGACCACGCUGGUCGUGCACCUGUACGACAACUAUAGCUCCGUCGCGGCGGACUUGUCGUACUCCAUCUUUCCCAAAUACGACGCCGUGGUGAGGAGUGUCAACAUCACCAACCAAGGCCCCGCGAAUAUCACCAUCGAGGCUCUGGCUAGUCUGAGCGUCGACUUUCCUUAUGAAGACCUCGACAUGAUCAGCCUCCGGGGCGACUGGGCCCGAGAGGCACAGGUCCAGAGAAGGAAGGUCGAUUACGGUGUCCAAGGGUUUGGGAGCAACACCGGUUCCUCCUCCCAUCUCCACAACCCCUUUCUCGCCAUUGUCGACCCGUCCACGACCGAAUCCCAGGGAGAGGCAUGGGGCUUCAACCUCAUCUACACCGGCUCUUUCUCAGCGGCAGUCGAGAAGGGCUCCCAGGGCUUCACUCGCGCAUUGCUCGGCUUCAAUCCGGACCGGCUCUCCUGGGAGCUGGGUCCGGACGAGACCCUCACCUCCCCCGAGUGCGUUGCCAUCUACUCCAAGGAUGGUAUCGGAGGCAUGUCUCGCAAAUUCCACCGACUGUAUCGCAACCACCUGAUCAAGAGCAAGUUCGCCACGGCGGAUCGUCCAAUCCUCCUCAAUAGCUGGGAAGGCGUUUACUUUGACUACAAUCAAACCAGUAUCGAGACUCUCGCGGAAGAAUCGGCGGCGCUGGGGAUUCACCUCUUUGUCAUGGACGACGGCUGGUUUGGCGACAAGUACCCUCGUGUGUCCGACAAUGCUGGACUGGGGGAUUGGGUGCCCAAUCCAGCUCGCUUUCCAGAGGGGUUGUCGCCCGUGGUGCAAGAAAUCACCAACCUCACCGUCAACGGGACCGACUCGAAACUACGCUUUGGCAUCUGGGUCGAGCCCGAGAUGGUCAAUCCCAACUCCACGCUCUACCACGAACACCCCGACUGGGUUCUACACGCUGGGCCUUACCCCCGAACGGAACGCCGCAAUCAGCUCGUCCUCAAUCUGGCCCUGCCGGAGGUGCAGGACUUUAUCAUCGACUUUAUGACCAAUCUGUUGCAGAUUGGCGACAUUUCCUACAUCAAAUGGGACAACAACCGCGGUUUCCAUGAGACUCCCUCUCCAUCCAAUGACCACAAAUACAUGCUCGGGCUGUAUCGCGUCUUCGAGACCCUCACUAACCGUUUUCCCGACGUUCUCUGGGAAGGAUGCGCUUCGGGCGGCGGUCGCUUCGACGCCGGCAUGCUGCAGUACUUCCCCCAGAUCUGGACCUCCGAUAAUACCGACGGCGUGGACCGCAUCACCAUCCAAUUUGGCACCUCGCUGGCCUACCCGCCAUCGGCCAUGGGCGCACAUCUCUCUGCCGUACCCAAUGCCCAAACGGGCCGGACGGUCCCCUUCACCUUUCGCGCGCACGUUGCCAUGAUGGGUGGUUCCUUCGGUCUGGAACUCGAUCCAGCAACCGUGCAGGAUGAUGCCAUGGUUCCGGGGCUGCUCGCGUUGGCCCAAAAGGUCAACCCCUUGGUUCUGACGGGGGACCUGUACCGCCUGCGACUACCAGAGGACUCGCAGUGGCCUGCUGCACUGUUUGUCUCGGAGGACGGUGCUCAAGCUGUAUUGUUUUACUUUCAGCUCAGGCCAAAUGUCAAUCAUGCGGCGCCGUGGGUGCGGCUGCAGGGACUGGAUCCGGCGGCAGAGUAUACGGUGGAUGGGAACGAGAGGUACUCGGGUGCCACGUUGAUGAAUAUGGGGUUGCAAUUUACUUUCGAGACGGAGUACGGUAGUCAGGUAGUGUUCCUGGAGAAGCAAUGA